AGAGGCUGGCCUUGACUCCAAUUCGACAUACGCGCCAUCAACAUUCCAACCCAUUUCUUUAAUCUCUUCUAUUGAGUCUUAAUCGACCUUCCACUGUCAUCCUCUUUAUUUCACAUCCAUACUUCAUUCAACUCGUACCUUCGUGUCCCCAAGUUCUAUGCCUUCCUAGCACGACCAUGAACCCAGGCGGUGUCCCUCCAGGUGGACCUGCGAAUCGACCUCAAGUUCCAGCGCCAACAAUAAAGCGCAAGAAACCUGCAGCUGAUCCUUUCUUCAAAGCCUCCAGAAAGCCAGCCUUGACUGGGAACCUUCAAUCCAAAGGCGGCCUCCCUCUCCCCGUCAAUGGUCAUAUCCCCAAACCACAGCAAUUGCGAAAACCGCUUCCUCACCCUCCCCGCACCUCUUCUCCAGCAACUCUACCUGUCCCUGAGAAUGAACGAGUCAGUGGUUUCAGUGAUCCGCGCGUGACGGCUGAAGGCAUCCCCUACAAAGACUACAAGCUGGUCACAACCAAGCGAGACUUGAUCAAUGCUGCACGUUACCACAUACUACAACUAGCCGGUGAGAAGGUAUUGGAUAUCCGGAAUGAAUCAGAAUUCCCCAAGCCUGCUCGCCUGCAUCGUCGAGAUCCGAAAGCCCAACCCCCAGGCCCGCAGCCAAAGGAGGAAACCGGCCCUGAACCAAAGGACGGCCUCAAUGCUGUGGAGCGUGAAGAGCUAGGCCGGAGGAAGGAGAUUCGUCAGAAAGAGCGCGAAGCCAAUUUGGCACAGAUAGCGCCUUCUCAGAAGACAGGCAGCAAGUCCACCUUCAAGAAGAAGACCCAACAAGUUUGGCUGCCCAACAGGUCGGUGGAACAGAAACGUCGCGAUCAAACUGCAUACGAAGAGAAGCUUCCCUGGCACCUAGAAGACUUCGACAACAAGCAUACUCUGGUUGGACACCACCAGCCUGGAUCGAUUAGUACUCACGCUGCAUUCUUGUACGAACCUGGUAGCAAUGGUACAGAUGGCAAGUUUCGUCUCAUUCCCGUCGAAAAGCUCUACCAGUUCAAACCCAAACGAGAACUGGCACAGCAAAUGUCCAUCGAAGAGGUCGAAGCUGCCAUGAAGAAACGUGGCACUGACCCUGAAUGGCUCGUUCGACAACGGGAAUCUCGCAUUGCCGAAGCCGGCAGAGAAGCAGCCGCCAGGCAAGCUAAAAGUCUGUUUUCGGGUGCCCAGAAACAGAACAUCGCUGGACGCGGAGGAGAAGAUGCCGAUCUUGACUUCGAGGAUGACUUUGCUGACGACGAGGAAGGAGAUUUGUUUGCCGACAAGGAUGAAGAUGAAAAAAUCGCAGAGAAAAGGAUCAAAGAAGACCAGUUGACUGCUAACUUCCUGGAUUUCAAAGACAUCAAAGAGUAUGAUGAAGCUGAGGAGAGAGAGAGGAAAGAAGCAGAGGCCAAGAAGAGGAAUUUCCGAGAUUUGAGAAAGGCACUGGAGAGAAGAGAGCGCAACUACAACCACGGUAGUGAUUCUGAUGAGUCCUCCUCGACGGAUUCGGAAGAGGAGCGCGAACGCAUCGAACGCGAACGACUCGAGAACAUUAAACGUGAAGAAGACGCCGCCAACAAAUCAGGCCUGAACUCGGGCGCAAACACACCGUCUGGACGUAAGGAGAAACAUGCUACUUCAUCUGACCGCGAAGGAAGUGGUAUCAAGAAAUCGGCCUCAUCACGAACACUCAAACGACCUGGUAGUCCCAACUUAUCCGACGCCAGCGGCACAGACGCCUCGACACGCAAGAAAAAGAUCAAAUCCAAACACCUUUCCAGUACUCAACCAACACCAAGUGUGUCUCGCCCAAUGAGUCCUGCAAAUGUUCCCAGCAGUUCCGCCCCCGGUGGUCUCGACCCGAACAGGAUCCGCCAACGAGGAAGAGGUGGGGCUGGGGCAGGUUCCGAUACCGACAAUGUUGCAUCCGACCGCGAAGGUGGCGCCAUGAGCGAUGCAUCACGAGCUCGCCAAAAGUUGAAGCUGAAAAUGUCCGCUUCACCACCUCCUGGCGGCGGCACAUCUACUCCACAACCAUCAUCUCGCGCAGGCUCACCAGCCCGCAGCCCAAGCGCCAUGAUCGGCGUAACUGAAUUACCCAGCAAGGAUGAGAUUCGUAAGGCCAUUCCUCAGGGAGGUAUUGCCAUCAAAGACUUGAUGAAGGUCGUCGCACACCCCAAGGAUCGACGAGCCGAGUUUGUGGCACUUGUCAAAGAGGUCGCUAGAAUGGAUCAGGUGUCUAGACUCUUGGUUCUUAAGUAGGUAGUCUAUGCGACGGAGAGACAGACUGGUGCAGAGCUUGAGCUCACCGAGAGGGAUUUAUCUAUUUGUGGAAAUCCUCAUGAUCCUUUUCUCGAAUUCACUCAAUCAGACCGCCAGUACCAUGUCAAUGUGUCCAGGUGUGAGUUUUGAGUGUAAGCUAAAAACGAGAUGAGAAAUGAGCAGAUCAUGCACACACCUACACACAAUGUAUAUAUAUAUACCUACAUAGCUGGGAUAACUACAUGCAUGCUACUG